AUGGAGAGGAAGCUACCAGAUUCGCCAAGUUGGACCAACGAGGCCGAAUUGGAUAUCGUGAAGCAGUACGUGACAGAGCUGGUGCUUUCGCGAGGGGUUCGGCUCGACGAGAUUGGGGUGAUAAGCCCGUAUAGGAAGCAGUGCUCGCUGAUACGGCGGUGGCUCGAGGACCAGGGCUGGGGCGACAUUGACGUCGGCACCGUGGAAGUGUUCCAGGGUAAUGAGCGAGAGGCGAUUGUGAUUUCGACGGUCCGCUCCCAGAAGCGCGGCGACGAUUUGCAGGCCGACAUGAAGUAUAGCAUCGGUUUCCUGGGCUCCUUCCGUCGCACGAACGUGGCCCUCUCGCGCGCAAGGGCGUUGGUGGUCGUCGUGGGCAACGCUGAGCUUUUGAGCCAGGACGAGACAUGGAUGAAGGUGCUCGCAGAGACCGUGAGCAUGGGAGCGCUGCGCACAAGCUCCGGGUGGAUGACAGCGGCGCAGGCCAACCAGCUCAUGCCAUCCGUGGCAAAACACCGCGCGCAAGGCCUGCGGGAGGACGGGAGCUAUACCUGGAGCGUGGACGCCACAGGGACGUUCCGUGUCUCGACGGACUACCAGCACUUAGUAGUAGCGGACGAUGGGGGCUUGCGUCGCACGCAGGGCACAUGUGGCUUGGGCCUCGGCACCGCCAACGUGGGUGUUGGUUUUUUCGAGGACGAGGAGGACACCGUCAAUGCCGAGGCCGUCUGGAGGGAGUUCGACUGA